AUGAACACAUUCACAUUCAUUGCCGGGUUAUUUGAGGAUCUUUUGUGGCUAAAAGUACUAGGAAUAAUAAUAAUAAUGUCGGUAUUACUUACAGAAAGCAGCGAACAAGAAGCUGCCCGUCUUUACCGUGUUUAUAAAACUGUAAAGAGAAUGGUAGCCGACAGGGGUUAUGUGGUAGCUGAACAUGAGAUUCCUACAGAUUUGGAUGCAUUUAAAGAAAAGUGUACCGACAAUGGUGUUGUUAACCGAGAAAAAAUGAUGUUUCAAGUUCAAAAGAGAGAUGAUCCUACCGAACAACUACUUGUUACUUUUCCUACAGAGAAACCUGUUGGAGUGAAGUAUUUGAAAAUGAUGUGUGCUCGGAUGGCCGAAACAAAAGUCACCAGGGGAAUAAUUGUAUAUCAGGGUAAUAUGACAGCUGCGGCGAAUAAGGCAAUUCAAUCUUUGAAUCAAGGAGACAGAAUCCCGGAUAAACCGUUCUAUGAGAUUGAUUCGUUUUCAGAAUCAGAACUCUUGGUGAAUAUAACCGAGCAUCAACUCGUCCCGACUCACGUUGUGUUAACCGAUGAAGAGAAGAAAACUCUCUUGAAAAAAUAUCGUUUAAGAGAAACGCAGUUACCUCGAAUCCAAACAAUUGAUCCUAUUGCCCGUUAUUAUGGACUUAAGAAAGGACAGGUUGUUAAAAUUAUGAGGCCAAGUGAGACGAGUGGUCGUUACGUCACUUAUCGAUUAUGUUUCUGA